AUCCACUCAACCACCCUCUUCCAUGUCCGGGUCUGGGUCCCAGCCUAUUGUACUGGAUAGACAAGAUUCCAAUCUUAGUACAGGGUCAUCAGACCGAGAAGAAGGCACCAGUCCAGAAAAAGCCCAACAGCGAACUCCGAAUGACCGCAAAAGGAAGCGGAAAGGAGUGCAAGGGGUUCAGAGUGACGAGGGAGGAGGGGGCAGUGCCCCUAAGAUGAGCAGAGGAACUGAGGUAAAGAAAAUUAACGAUUACUUCAAACAGCACCAACAGCAACAACAGCAGCAGCAACAGCAACAGCAGCAGCAGCAACAACAACAGCAGCAACAAGCUAAUUCUCCCCACAGACACUCUGGAGCAAAGAGUCCAUCCCCACAAACACAUUUGAGCCAUAUGACUGGUCACAGUGGCGGUUUAGGAGAUCCAUUGGUUGGGUUGAUGCCUCCUCCCCGAGGAGUCCCCGUCAGUCAUCGAGGCACACAGAGUGAUAUCACUUAUAGACAGGUAGACGAGAUGGAGAGUCGGGCGUCAAUGGAUAUGGAGGCUAAGAACUCUAGGAUUGAUAAUUUACAGUGUACAAAUGAAGAACUAUCUCGACAGCUACAGAGUCAGAGCAAACUCCUUGAACAGAAACAAUUACAAAUUAAUAAGUGCAUUGAAGUAGUCAAGAAAUUACUAAUUGAGAAGUCAAAUAUAGAGAAGAAAGAAGCGCGGCAGAAAUGCAUGCAGAAUCGGUUAAGGCUAGGACAAUUUGUCACUCAGAGGGUUGGGGCCACCUUUCAGGAAAACUGGCAGGAUGGUUACGCCUUUCAGGAGAUUACAAAACGUCAGGAAGAACUCCAGUCAGAAAAGGAGGAGAUCGACCGGCAGCGGAAGCUCUUAAUGAAGCGGAAACCCUCAGAGGGAGGAAGCAACUCUAGGAAACGGGGAUCAAAUAGUAACCAGAGUCAGGGUGGCAGUAAUCUUCCGAAUGGCCUCGGAGGCGAUCACGACCACAGGGACCUCACUAUCCAGGAAUACUACGAGUCAGAAGAAAUACUAAAGUUACGGCAAACUGCCCUCAAGAAAGAGGACACAGACCUUCAGCAGGAGAUGGAGAAAUUAGAAAGGGAAAGAAAUCUACAUAUUAGGGAACUCAAACGAAUUCACAAUGAGGACCAAUCAAGAAUCCUCCAAUCACAGUCUUCACCUCGAAAUCCUCAUGACAUGCGGUGGUUUGGUGGUUUCAACCAAGCUGCUAGAUGUUUGCAUCUUUCUAAACCCCUAACAGAGUUCAACAACCAUCCCGUGCUAAAUGACCGGUACUUGUUGCUCAUGUUAUUAGGAAAAGGAGGGUUUUCAGAGGUUCAUAAGGCAUUUGACCUAAAGGAACAGCGUUACGUAGCGUGCAAAGUUCACCAAUUGAACAAGGACUGGAAAGAUGACAAAAAGGCUAAUUAUAUCAAACAUGCCAUAAGAGAGUACAAUAUUCAGAAGAAAUUAAACCAUCCUCGUAUAGUUAAACUCUAUGACGUGUUUGAGAUAGAUGCAAAUAGUUUUUGUACUGUCCUUGAAUACUGUGAUGGUCAUGACCUUGACUUCUACUUAAAACAGCACAAGACUAUCCCCGAGCGAGAAGCAAGAUCAGUGAUCAUGCAGGUGGUAUCUGCGCUCAAGUACCUGAAUGAGAUCAAACCACCAAUCAUUCAUUAUGAUCUUAAGCCAGGAAAUAUCUUAUUGACUGAUGGAAAUAUUCUUGGGGAGGUCAAGAUCACAGAUUUUGGUCUUAGUAAAGUCAUGGAUGAGGAUAGUUACCAUCCUGACUACGGGAUGGACCUCACCUCUCAGGGGGCGGGCACGUACUGGUAUCUUCCGCCAGAGUGCUUCAUUGUAGGCAAAACUCCACCCAAGAUCUCUAGUAAGGUCGACGUGUGGUCCGUGGGAGUGAUAUUUUACCAGUGCCUAUAUGGAAAAAAACCGUUUGGUCACAACCAAAGUCAAGCGACCAUACUAGAGGAGAACACGAUCCUCAAAGCCACAGAUGUACAGUUCCAACCCAAACCAGUGGUCAGCAAUGAGGCCAAGCAAUUUAUUAGGUGUUGCCUGGCUUAUCGUAAGGAGGACCGCAAUGAUGUGUUGACGCUGUCUUCCAAUCCUUACCUUUCUCCGCCACUACCAAAGAGUGGUCGACAGUCAGCCAAUAGUCAGCAGCAAGCAGCAGCGGCAGCCUCUGCUGUAGCACAGGCAGCAGCUGCUCAGCAGCAACAACAAGGGGGAUACCAGCAACCAUUUUCCACUGGUCUUUUGGGGCUUGGGAACAUCCACUCCUCCACCAGCUCAUAAUGACACGCCACCCACUGUAGGGGGCAUGUCCAGCCCCAACACCCCCUAGCCCCACCCAGCCCCACCCAGGUCCUCACAAGCCUCACAGCCUGCCGACAACCACCUGUUGCCCACAGCUUCCACCUACAGUAAUUUGGCCAUAGUGACCACAUAUCUUUCUUGAGUUCCAACAUGAUUCACACUGCAAGCAAUCAGGGUUCAGUACAGUUGGAACAUAUUAAGUGUCUCUUACCUCAGCUUUCAAUAGCCAUGACAGUAAAUCUAAGAUGUAGUUUUGCCAUAGAAUUUUCUGGACAGCGGGCAGGAUAACUCAUUCAUACUUAGGUUUUCCAACUUGGAUUUCAUUUUACCAUUUUGAAACCUCGUGAUUUCAAAUUUCAUUUUUACCAUUUGAAACAUCAUAAUUUUCAUUUGUUACACUUGUAAUUUUUUUAUUUUUAUUUUUUUUUUUUUUUUUUUUUUUUCAUUGCUGUCAUUUUUUUCAUUCAUUCUCCAUCAACAAUAGCUUACAUAAUUUUAGCAAUGUGAUAAGCUAUAAGACAUUACCAGUCAGGAGCAAGGGUAGCAGUUGGAUGGGCAAAGGUGUGAGGGGGAGCUCUGGGUGGACAUGGGCAUUGGGGCAGAGGCUCAACACACCACUAGAGACUCCUGUGUUCCUACUUGGUGCCACAGCCACCCACUGUUGAUGUGCUCUGCGAAGGAUGCUGUGGAGGAUGCGGAGCCAGGUAGCAGUUCGGUUCGUGGUGCCAGUGCGCGGCGCGGAAGAGAUUCCAAUGUGACACUUUGUUGAUAAGCUCGACACUAGUAAGCCAAAGUUGUGAAUAAUCAGUGCCAGGGUCAGGAAGAUGCCCACCAACGCUUAUGAAAUCCAUGUGUCUGGUACCUGAAGUGAUGUUGAAGCAUUGAGCAUGGACACAAUGACUCAGUUGGUAGGAACACAAAAACAGUGAGCGUGGUGCACCAAAUGGACAGUGAACGGCCGUGGCUAGGCAAUGGGGAUAUGUGUAGGGAACCUUUCUUUUGACUCCCACCAGCUGGGCAUGAUGACAACGGGUAGGGCGGCAGGAGUGAGCGUUGUGAGCCACCAACUGAUGUGAUGUGAUAUUGUGUAGUCGUGAGUCUGAACUCUGGAUUCUGGCACGCAGGUGUAGGUUGUGGAAGAUGCAGCAGCCGGUAGCCAGG